CUCCGAUCAAAAGUUCCGUAAUGUUCCACUUAAAUCCAAAAUUAGGUCAAGGCUGUGCCUUGACCCUCAUCUUUUGUCUGGUGAAUCUCCUGAUGAUGCACCAACCCACCAAUGCGGAGCUCUCGCCAGUCGUUCAAGGCGGUGGACCCAUCAACAAUCUCUACGAUAAUCUCCUCCAGCGGGAGUAUGCCGGACCCGUGGUCUUUCCCAAUCACCAAGUGGAGCGCAAGGCUCAGCGCUCGCCCUCGUUGCGUCUCCGCUUUGGUCGCAGCGACCCCGAUAUGCUCAACAAUAUCAUGGAGAAGCGUUGGUUCGGCGACGUCAACCAGAAGCCCAUUCGAUCGCCUUCCUUACGUCUGCGCUUCGGACGCCGCGAUCCCACUCUGCCACAGAUGCGACGCACAGCCUACGAUGAUCUUUUGGAACGCGAAUUAACCUUCAACAACCAGCAGCAGCAACAGCAACUGGCAGACACAGCCGACGAUCUGAGUGCCGACUAUGAUGGCCUUUAUGAGCGUGUGGUGCGCAAGCCGCAGCGUCUUCGUUGGGGUCGCAGUGUGCCACAGUUUGAAUCAACCACUGGGUAUAAUGAUCAGCUCUACAGCUCUCUGUGGAACUCUGAGAAAAUGCGUCGCAUGCUGUUGGCCCUGCAGCAGUAUGAGGCAGCCCCCGGACAUGUUACAAACUAUGCCAACGAUGGGGACGACACCGAGGCGCAACUGGAUGAAGAUACGUCGGAAUUCCAGCGUGAGGCACGCAAGCCAAUGCGUUUGCGUUGGGGUCGUAGCACUGGCAAGGCCCCAGCAACCGAACAGAAGAUUGAAACCUCUUCAAUUGCUCCCAAAAAUUAAAUUUUUACUGCAGAUAUUUAUGGCCAAGGCGAAAGGAACUCCAAAGGACAAAGGCGAUGACAUCAAAUGAUGGGAAAAUGGAAAGCUA